AUGCGCGAGUACCAGAAGUACUUGGCGCAAAUCAAUGCACUGCAAUGUGUGGGUUCUCGUCCGUUCGCGAUGCCCGUCAGUGCGUGCAUGGAUCCUUUUUCCAAGCGGCGUAUUGCUUUGUUCGACAUGAACAAGGACCACAAUGUGGUCACGGAAGAGGAAUGGGUGGCCUGGUUCCACGCGGCAUUCGAUGAAGAUCCGCAAGACUUGGACGUCCUGAAGAGGCGGCUCUCUAAUGCCAUACGUUUCGACACGAAGGUCCUCGACGCGGAGUCGCGUGUUGGCCGUAUGCUCGACGACCUGAUGCGUGUGCUCGAACAAGACCACCAAGAAUGGGUCCUUCAUCAAGAAGGAAAAAUUGUUGUCGAGAUAAUGACCAAGGCGAUCAAGCCUGAGGCGCUGAAGACCGCUGUGCAGAAGCAGCUGCAACUGCAGAGGAACAAGGGCCUCAAGAGCGACGUCUUCCGCUACGUCAAGUGGUUGCGACAAUUCUCAGCUGGUUUUCAGCUCUACGUCGGUCUCGACGAGGUGAUGGCACCUGCGCCACAAACCGGCGCCUCCAAGACGGACAGCUUGAAGAGCGGCCGUGGCAAGCCCGACGGCGCCGACAAGAACCGUGGCAAGCCUGACGCCGCCGACAAGAGCCGUGGAAGGCCUGACGGGCGCCAGGGGUCGAGAAGCCAGCCGUUACCGGCGUAA